CUACAAUAGCUACUCUUGUUCUUACUCUCUUCUACGGAUCAUAUCGGCAGGUCCACUGUUUAUGCUCAUCUCUACAGCAAAACUGGGGAAUCCUUGUGAAAGAGUGGUAUCGACUUCUGCAUUCUUUAAUCUUCUUCAAGUUCCACACAAAUGGCAAAUAAACUACACGUAUCACCGUCAUCAAGAUCCAGAUCUCCAAUUCUCCUCUGCACUCUCUCCUUCCUUGCUCUCUCUCUUCUCUUCUUUCUCUUCUCUCUUUCCUCUUCUCAGACCCGUAACCUCUCCUCUUUCCCAGACCCAAAUCUCACUCUCAAACCGGAAACCUCCUUUGUUACUUCUCUUGAGCACUUCCUCACUGUAAAAGCUUCUAAAUCCUCUCCAAUUCGAGACGAUACGGUUCUUCAAGUGACUGAAGAGGAUGUGAAGGAAUUGGAUGAGAAAAUGUUUGUGAAAGAGAGUGAGAGAGUGUACGGGAAUGUAUACUACCCUGUGGAGUUUCCAAUUAGGGUUUAUGUAUAUGAAAUGCCGAGGAAAUUCACAUACGAGUUGCUUUGGCUGUUUAGAAAUACUUAUAGAGAGACUGGUAAUCUUACCUCCAAUGGCAGUCCCGUGCAUCGAUUAAUCGAACAACAUUCCAUUGAUUAUUGGCUUUGGGCGGAUUUGAUAGCGCCAGAAUCAGAAAGGCUUUUGAAGACUGUCGUGAGAGUUCAUAGGCAAGAGGAAGCUGACUUGUUCUACAUCCCUUUUUUCACCACAAUCAGCUUUUUUUUGUUGGAAAAGCAGCAAAGCAAGGCUCUUUAUAGGGAAGUUUUGAAGUGGGUGACUGAUCAACCUGCAUGGAAACGAUCUGAAGGGAGGGAUCACAUUCUUCCUGUUCAUCAUCCGUGGUCUUUCAAGUCUGUUCGCAGAUACAUGAAAAAUGCUAUUUGGUUGCUACCAGAUAUGGACUCCACGGGAAAUUGGUACAAGCCAGGACAAGUGUUUCUGGAGAAAGAUCUAAUUCUUCCAUAUGUCCCCAAUGUUGAUUUGUGUGAUGCUAAGUGUUUAUCUGAAAGUGAAUCUAAGAGAACCACACUGAUUUUCUUCCGAGGCCGGCUUAAAAGGAAUGCUGGUGGGAAAAUACGUGCUAAGCUUGUAGCAGAACUAAGUGGUGCUGAUGGCGUGGUUAUAGAGGAGGGGUCAGCUGGAGAGGAAGGGAAAGCAGCAGCUCAGUUUGGCAUGCGCAAGUCUGUCUUUUGCUUAAGUCCAGCAGGUGACACUCCUUCAUCUGCCAGAUUAUUUGAUGCUAUUGUUAGUGGGUGUAUCCCAGUAAUAGUCAGUGAUGAGUUGGAGCUCCCAUUUGAAGGGAUUCUUGAUUAUCGAAAGAUAGCUUUAUUUGUUUCUUCUUCUGAUGCCAUACAACCAGGUUGGUUGUUGCAAUUCCUAAAAGGCAUUAGUCCUGUUCAACUGAGGGAUAUGCGAAAGAACCUUGCCAAGUACUCAAGGCAUUUUCUGUAUUCCAGUCCAGCCCAACCCUGGGGUCCAGAAGACUUGGUCUGGAGGAUGAUGGCUGGUAAAUUGGUAAACAUCAAGCUUCACACACGGAGAUCGCAGCGCUUGGUGAAAGAGUCGAGGAGCAUAUGUACUUGUGAAUGUAAACGCACAAACUUUACAGGUCCAAGUUCCGUAUAAUCACCCUUAUUUGAAAUCAUUUUUUAUGUUGUAGGUAUAAAUCUUUUAGUUAAAAUAUAAAUUUUCACAGCUCUGCCAUUGGUUUUCUGAAUUCCAACUGAGGUUAAAUCAUAAACGGUUAAUGUUUCUUCAUUUCCGAUAGCCAUUCUAUCCCCUUUCCCUCACCUGCCACCGGAAACACGUAGCUGUUAUUCAUUAUGUAUCUGAAUAUUACUGAUUAAUAGAUGUAUUAUCUAGGAGAGUUGCUGCAUUUGGUCCAUGGAGGCAGCUUAUAUUAUGCAGCAAAUUCAUCUGCUAAA